AUGCUUGCUGAAAUUUCUUCUCAAUAUUUUUGGAUUCCAAAAUUCGUCGUUGAAAUUUUUCUGAAACAUUGUUUUGCUUGUCAAGUGCGUAAACCAGUUAAACAACAGGUUUCCAAACCGAUUACUUCAUUAAGUGUAAUGACCAGAUUGCAAAUUGAUCUGAUUGAUAUGAGAACAUGUCCAGAUGUUGUAUCGAAUGAUAUUGUAUACCAAUGGAUUUUGAAUUGUGUUGACCAUUUUUUGAAAUUCAGUUGGGUGUAUCCAUUACAAAAUAAAUCAGCUAGUGAAGUUGCUGAACGUUUGAGAGAGUUGUUUUAUGUGUUUGAGCCCCCACGUUUGUUGCAUUCUGAUAAUGGUCGUGAGUUUGUUGCUGAUGUUAUUCAAGACUUAAAAGUAUUGUUUCCUGGUAUGUAUUUUGUAAGAGGUCGACCACGACAUCCUCAGCCACAAGGUUGUGUAGAGAGAGCUAAUGGUGUAUUGACUGCUGCAUUAGGGAAAUGGUUAACAACAACGAAUUUGAUUGAUCAUCAGAAAAAACCUGAUGAAUCAAGAAAACAACGCUAUCUUCCUUUUUUUCUUUUGAAAAUAUCAAACACGGCAAAAGUUUUGGAUCUGUAUUGGUUUUGUCAACGUCAUGAAUGUUGA